AUGAAUCAAUCUAUUUCAACAUCUGUCUCGAGUGGUUCUCUACGUAGAGAAAAGAAAAUUCAUAUUAUCAAUGAACUAAAAGAUCAAGAUAAAGAAUAUACUUUUCAGGAAUUGAUUGACUUUUCUCAUGUCUUGGUCAAGAGAGAUCAAUCUUUUUUCAACGACCUCAGUAAUUCUACUUUAUUAUCACCACCUCUUGUUCAACAACAUCAACAUCAACAACCAACACUUAAUAACAAUAACAAUAGUAGUAAUAACAAUAACAUUGAUAAUAAUCAUUCAAAAAUAUUAAUAGAUGAAGAUAUUAAUAAUAAUAAUAAUAAUGAUAAUAAUAAUAAGAAUGAUGUUUAUUGGUUGGAUAUGGAGGGUUUAGAUGACGAUGAAAUCUCGGUGAUCUGUAAGAUAUUCGCUAUUCAUCACUUGACAUAUGAGGAUAUCAUUACGCAAGACAGCAGUGAAAAGUCCGAAGAGUAUUCGCAUUACCUGUUUGUUUCAACCAGUGAGAUCUGCUACAACGACUUCAAUGUACUGGAGACAUCGAAUAUCUAUCUGGUGAUAUUCAAGUCGUUCGUACUGGUGUUCCACAGUCGUCCUGUGGAGUGCUUCGAAGCGGUGAUGAAGUCAUUCCGCUACCUGGAUAACAACCAAAUCCCAACAUCUCACUGGGUGCUAUGCAGUUUCCUCGAUGCCAUCCACGGAAUCUAUUCUACACUCGCCGACACUCUCAUGGUGGAAGUCAACAUUCUCGACGAGUACACCAUGCGUGAUGAGAUUGCCAAGUCCGAACUCUACAUUCGUUUAGGUAGGGCUGUUAGAAAAGCAACUAAUCUACUUUCAUGGUUAUUCAUUAAAAAUGAUGUUAUGUCAUCUUUAUUAAGAGAUAAUAUAUCGGAUACAGAGGCAGUUAGACAUCUUAAUAAUAUUAAAGAUAGACUCUAUAGAUUGCAACAAAAGAUAAAGUUGGCUGAGGAAUUGCUGGAGAAUAUAGGAAAUAUCUAUAUUUCAAAGGUGUCGUUGGUGAUGGACGAAGAGUCACACACUUUGAAUAUCAGUAUGUCUCGUAUUGCCACACUCACCACUAUCUUUAUGCCUAUGACAUGGUUGUCCGGUGUAUUUGGUAUGAACAUAAAAAUGCCUGGUUUGGCCGAUGCAGUCGAUAACUAUAGUUGGUUCUCUGGCAUCAUCUCAGCAAUGAUUGCUUUUGCUUUCAUUUUUUUGGUCUAUUCUUAUAAGAAAGGAUAUAUUUAG